UCGCCGGCGGUGGAAGGGGCGGCUGGAUCCGGGGGAUCGGUGGAGGCGGUGGCGGCGAUCGGUGGGAUGUCAGCGCGGCGAUAGGUGUGACGGCCAUGCUCGGACUUGCCGUAGUAGCCACCGUCGUCUUGUCAUCCCGUAGCCUUCUGAGUCCACGCUCGUGGAGAGGGAAAGCAGCAGAGGGAUGAAAUAUAAAGCUAUUAGAUGAAGGCUCUUCGACCAUAGUUCGUCGAAUUCUCGAUCUUCUUCUUCUCCUUGCCCUUCAUCUUCAUCUUCUAACUCUUCAUCCUCGAUGUCGUCCCACUGGUCGGCCCAUUCGCGGUCGCUUCUCAUUCUCAACUCCUCUCAAGUUAGCAAUCGAGGCAGCCUCAAAUCACCUUGGUCUAGAAGGAAAAGAAAACAUGUGCUUACCCCACAACAAUGGAAAAGGUUCUUUACCUCAGAAGGGAAGCUUUUUGAUGGAGGGGCUAAACUUCUAAAGAAAGUUAGAAGUGGGGGAGUGGACCCGAGUAUCAGGUCUGAAGUUUGGCCUUUUCUUCUUGGAGUUUAUGAGCUGAACAGUUCAGAAGAUGAAAGAAAUGCUGUGAGAAAGCAAAAACGGAAGGAAUUCAAUAAACUAAGGAAAAUAUGUCAAUCUUUGUUAAAACUUGGUUAUGAUGGUGACAAGAUGUUGAAAGACAUAGAUGAAGUCGAUCAUAUGGACAGUCCUAGCUUCAGUGGAUGCCCUGUAUCUCCACAACCUGAAGAAGAAGAAUUUGUGGAGCAGCCUUUCUCCCAUGAGGAUUAUGGUGACGUAGAGCAUACUCUCACUGAUGAAGCCUCUACUUCCGGACCUCGGAGUAUGACAACUCAUAUGAGCAUUCCCUUAGAAGGAUCGACGAAUUCUCAAGCCGGUGCAUCUGAUGAUAAAAGUAACAUCACUUGUGCUAAUGCGCUCGAAGAUCAAAAUGAGGUUGUUCAAGUUGAUCAGACAAAUCAGAUGGGUCAUUUCAAGAGUGAGAUCACAAAGGUUGGUUUGUACACAGGUGAAACUGAAUCUUCCGACUCAGAGACCUCAUCAGAAGAGAGUGGGAGAACUUCAAUAGCCUCCACCACGCAAGAGAAUAAGGAAGCUAAUUCUCGAUCUGCUACGACAAAUUCUCUCAAAUGUAGUGUUUCUAAACCUGCACAGACCGUAGAAGACUUCACAACAUGGCGGCGCAUCAUCCGUUUAGAUGCGGUGCGAGCCAAUGCAGAGUGGGUCAUUUAUGCACCAGCACAGGCUGCUGUCUUGAAGGAAAAGGCUCUCGAACUUGCCGAGGCUGUCGGUCUAAAGGACUAUGACCAUCUGGAGCCUUACAUGAUCUUUCAUGCUGCUCGUCUUGUUGUAGUUCUUGAAGCAUAUGCAAUAUAUGACCCAGAUAUUGGAUACUGCCAAGGGAUGAGCGACCUCUUGUCACCCAUAAUCUCAGUAAUGGAGGAAGAUGAUGAGGCAUUUUGGUGCUUUGUGGGAUUCAUGAUGAAAGCACGCCAUAACUUUAGGCUUGAUGAAGUUGGCAUUCGCAGGCAGCUUAGCAUUGUCUCCAAGAUCAUCAAGUUCAAAGACCCUCACCUGUACAAACACUUGGAGAAGCUUCAAGCUGAGGACUGCUUCUUUGUUUAUAGAAUGGUGGUGGUGCUUUUCCGGCGGGAGCUCGACUUUGAGCAGACAGUGUGCUUAUGGGAGGUGAUGUGGGCAGACCAGACAGCUAUUCGGUCUGGUUUUGGGACAUCGGCUUGGUCGAGGAUAAGGUCCCGGGUGCCUCCGACCGAUGACUUGCUUCUCUAUGCGAUUGCGGCGUGUGUCCUUCAGAGGAGGAAGUUGAUCAUUGAGAGGUACAACAGCAUGGAAGAGAUACUAAGAGAAUGCAACAAUAUGGCAGGUCAUUUAGAUGUGUGGAAGCUUCUUGAUGAUGCUCAUGAUCUGGUUGUAAACCUCCAUGACAAGAUCUCAUGAUCUAAUAUUUUCUUCUUGGCUAUGUAUCUCCCUUCCUCUUCCCUGAUAGCUUUUGCCUUUACGUUCAAGCUGUUGUUUAUUCUAGUGUCUAAUGGACUUUUUUCUCAUGAGGCGCUCAGGCUGCGCUUUUCUAAAGAAAAGUUGAUUUUCCUAUA